AUGACUUUUAUUUUGUAAACUUUACCCGGAAGUUGUUUGAUGAGGUGGCGCAGUCAUUCGUAUUUUCUUUCCGCGACCUGCGAGAAGGGAGUGAACAAUCCGGUUGACGGGAACCGUCCAAGUCCGAGGGCUCCCCGCUCCCGCGUUGAGAAGCGGACGAGGCUUGAACCUGCACCGCAGGCGCUUAUCGUCAUGCCGAUGGUGGAUGAGUGAGGAGUGAGCCCCUCGUGGUCCUCUCCGUGCAACACGCGCACACACAAACGCACACUUCCUUCAUGGAUUCCAACAACGAUGACACUCUGGAUAUCAUCGUCACCAAUGUGGUGGCGACAUUCAGGACCAGGUGCCACCUCAACCUCCGCACUAUCGCCCUGGAGGGAACUAACGUCAUCUACAAGCCGGAGGUGGGGAAAGUCCUCAUGAAGCUCCGUAAGCCCAAGAUCACCGCUUCCAUCUGGUCCUCCGGGAAAAUUAUCUGCACCGGAGCAACAAGCGAGGAAGAGGCGAAGCAGGGUGCUCGCCGGUUGGCACGAUGCCUGCAAAAAAUCGGCUUCAAGGUGAGGUUCUCGGCCUUCAAGGUGGUGAACGUGCUGGCUGUGUGCUCCAUGCCCUUUGCCAUCCACCUGGUGGACUUCACCAAGAAGAACCGGCCCAUUGCCAGUUACGAGCCCGAGCUCCAUCCCGCCGCCACCUACAGGAUCAAAACCAUCAAGGCCACCAUCCAGGUGUUCUCCACGGGCAGCCUCACAGUCACAGGACCAAACGUGCAGAACGUGGCCACGGCGGUGGAGCAGGUGUACCCGCUCCUCUUUGAGUGCAAGAAGCCGCUGUGCAAGUGAGAAGCGCUUCCGGUUCGGCCCAGGUUGCGCCGGUCCUCUCGACGGACGCCGCCUUUUGCGACGGACGCCGCUUGUGGACUCGCAGUCGUUCCAGAAGUGGUGCCCUGCCAUCCCGCGCAAUCAACCAGGAAGUCGACAGUUUUCUCCGUCCACGGCAAACGACAAAACCUCUCUUCACCUCUUAACGGUCAGCUAUUCACUCGACGGCGGCGGCGGCGUACACUCGACGCUUGUACAUUUGGACACAUUCGCUGUAAAUUGUAAAUAUUUUGUAUUAUUGUUGUUUGAGGAUCGACUUUGUGCAGGAUAGAUAACCUUUGAGUAGAGGUCUCGUUCAACAGCUACAAACUUGAAACGUAAGCUCCGUUACGGUCGACGUGGCGCUGACGCUACGGGUGAGGCGGCUUUUGAAUCUCCAACCCACUCGCUACUCUAAACUGCGGUCGACGACAUGCGAUCCGUUUAAAAACGGCUCGGAGCCCUUCGAGGGCGACGCUCUCGCCGCGGCUCUGCCAUGUUUUAGCGCCACUUAAAAGAUGUGUGACUCUUGUGUAUUUUAUAUCAAAAUAAAGAUGUCAUCAAUCGA